AUGCACAGCCGAGUCAAUGGCGAUGGGAAGGCGAAAGAAGGGAAAGGCCUGAAGGGCGAGGAGGGGAAAUUGGGUGUCUCGGGAGGUAAAGAGUCCGGGAAAGUGAGCUUUAAGAAGGGAAAAGGGUUUCGAGACGAUGAUGAGGACGGGGAAAGGGAAGAGAAGGGUGGGAAGCGCAAACGAUCGUUUCGGCCUGGUAGGAAGGACGAGGAGAGCGAGGAGUGGGACGAGGAGGAGGAGGAGGAUGGGCCGGAAUUGGUUGGGCGGGAAGCGAAGGGGGGAGUGGCGCGAAGGGAGGAAGAUUUGCGGAGGAAAGGGGGUGAGCGCGAGGGGCGCGAGGCGGAGAAGGAGAAGGGGAAAGAUGAGGGGAAGGGGAAGGAGAAGGUUAAAGAGGAGAAGGGGAAGGAAGAGAAGGGGAAUGAGGAGAAGGGGAAGGAGAAGGGGAAGGGCGGUGAGGGGGAGGAGGAGAUGGAUGCGGAGCAGCGGAGGCUGGCGGAGGAGAUGGAGAGGCGCAGGCGGCGGGUGCAGGAGUGGCAGGAGCAGCGCAGGAAGAAGGCGGAAGAGGAGCAGGCGCGCGCAGCUGCAGGCGCAGUGGGGGAGGGCGGAAGCGGGGGCGCGGGAGGGAGCAGCGCGGCGCAGGCGGGUGGCGGGGGGAAGGGGCGCGGGUGGACUCUGGAUGGGGAGUCGGAUGAUGAAGAGGAGAAGGGGGCCGCCGGGGAUAUGGAGGGGAAGGAGGGGAAAGGGGGGAAAGGGAAGGGGAAGGAGAAAGUGGAGGAAGAGGGGGAGGGAGGGGAGGGACGGGGAAUGGAUUUGGACGAGGGAGGGGAGGGAGAGAAGGGGGAGGACGAAGAGGAGGGAGAGAAGCAGGAAAGGGACCUGAAGGGGAAGGGCAAGGUGGAGGAGGAGGCAGCAAAGGAAGAAGCAGCAGAGGAGGAAGAGGAGGUGGAUCCUCUAGACGCGUUCAUGAACUCGCUGGUGCUCCCAGAGGUCGCCAAGCUAGAUGCCAAGGAUGCCACCCGGCCCGCCGCCCCCACGGGAAGCACGGAGCCGGCAGUGGGUGGCAGCAGUUCGUCCCGUGCUGCCAACGGUGGAGAUGCGCUGAUGGGCGCGGGGGCUGUUUUAGGGGCUGACAAGGGUGGCGCCAAGGGAAAGAAAGAGAAGGAGAAGGAGAAAGGGAAAGCAGAGGGGAAGAGGAAAGCUAAGGGACCCAAGGGGCGCAUGGUGUUUGGUGUUGACUCUGAAUCAGAGGACGAGGGGGGAGGGGCGGGCGAGUCAGGUGAUGAGGAGGGAGAGGGCGAGGAGGGGGGAGAGGGCGGAAAGAAGGGAGAGGAGGAGGAUGCGGAGUUUGUGAAGCGAGUGACGGCCGUGGCGCAGACCAAGGCGGAGAAACUCGCCCCUGUGGACCACUCGCAGGUGCACUACGAGCCUUUCCGAAAGAAUUUCUACAAGGAAGUGAAGGAAGUGGCAAAGAUGACAGCAGACGAGGUGGCGCUGUACCGGCGAGAGCACGAGUUCAAGCUGCGCGGCAAGGACGUGCCGAAGCCGGUGCACACGUGGGUGCAGAGCGGGCUGAGCAACAAGGUGCUGGACGUGCUCAGGAAGAUGGGGUUCGAACGCCCCAUGCCCAUCCAGGCGCAGGCGCUACCCAUCGUGAUGAGUGGAAGGGACUGCAUUGGGAUCGCCAAGACUGGGUCGGGGAAGACUCUGGCGUUUGUUCUGCCCAUGCUGCGGCACAUUAUGGACCAGCCUCCCCUGCAAUCAGGUGACGGUCCCAUAGGCCUCAUCCUGGCCCCCACGCGCGAGCUCGUGCAGCAGAUCUUCGCCGACAUCCGCCGCUUCGCGCGCCCCCUCGGCCUCUCCUCCGUGCCCGUCUAUGGCGGCUCCGGCGUGGCCCAACAGAUCAGCGAGCUCAAGCGCGGCGCCGAGGUGGUGGUGUGCACGCCCGGGCGCAUGAUCGACAUCCUGGCCACCAGCAACGGGCGCAUGAUCGACAUCCUGGCCACCAGCAACGGGCGCAUCACGAAUCUGAGGAGGGUGACGUAUCUGGUGCUGGACGAGGCGGACCGCAUGUUUGACAUGGGCUUUGAGCCGCAGAUCGGACGGAUCAUCGGGAACACAAGGCCGGACCGGCAGACGGUGCUGUUCUCGGCGACCUUCCCCCGCCAGGUCGAGACCAUGGCGCGGAAGAUGCUCACGAAGCCCAUUGAGUUCCAGGUGGGAGGGCGCAGCGUUGUCAACAGCGACAUCACACAGACGGUCGAGGUGCGUCCAGAGGGAGAGCAGCGCUUCCUGCGGCUCCUCGAGCUACUAGGCGAGUGGUGCGACAAGGGCAAGAUCCUGGUGUUCGUGCACUCCCAGGACAAGUGCGACGCGCUCUUCCGCGACCUCCUCAAGUCCGGAUACCCCUGCCUCUCGCUGCACGGCGCCAAGGACCAGACCGACCGCGAGUCCACCCUGCAGGACUUCAAAACCAACGUGUGCAACCUGCUCGUGGCUACUAGUGUGGCGGCUCGAGGACUAGAUGUUAAGGAGUUAGAGCUGGUAAUUAACUACGAUGUGCCGAACCAUUACGAGGAUUAUGUGCAUCGGGUGGGGAGGACCGGGAGGGCCGGGAGGAAAGGGUGCGCGGUGACGUUUAUUAGUCCGGAGGAGGAUCGGUUUGCGCCGGACCUGGUCCGAGCCUUGGAGCUUUCGAAGCAGCCGAUUCCGGAGGAUCUUAAAGCCAUGGCUGAUGCGUUCACUGCCAAGGUGAAGGCGGGGAGCGUUGUGGCGCAUGGGAGUGGGUACGGUGGGAGUGGCUUUAAGUUUAAUGAGGAGGAGGAAGCUGCUAAGAAGGCUCUGAAGAAAGCUCAGGCGAAGGAGUAUGGGGUGGUGGUGGAUGAGGAGGAGGGGGGCGAGGAGGAGGAGGAGAAGGAGGAGAAGGAGGGCAGCGGGGCGAUUCGGAGGGUCGAGGCUACGAGUGCGGGUGGUGCAGCGGCGUCGGCAGCGCAGAGCAUUGCAGCGGCGGUGGCGGCUGCUGCGGCUGCAGCUGCAGCGAACAAGGCAGGAGGUGCAGUGCCGGCAGUGGCAGGAGCUGCAGCAGCGAACCCAAUCCAAGCAGCAGUGCAAGCAAGGAUGGCCCAGAUGGGUAUCACCCCUGCUGCUGGCUCCGCUGGUGCAGCCGGUGCUACUGCUGCUGCUGCUGCCCUUGCCAAUCCCCUUGCUGCUUCCCUCGUGGGAGCAGCAGCAGCAGGGGAAUCAGCAGCGACGGCCAUCGCCUCAGCAGCCGCCGCAGCCCCGACCCCCGUCUCCCGCGCAGCGGCCUUCGCAGCAGCCAUCAGCCUGCAGCACAACUUAGCCAAACUCCAACCCGCCGAGCCCGUGAAAGCACACUACGAAGCGGAAUUCGAGAUCAACGAGUUCCCGCAGCACGCGCGGUGGAAGAUCACCCACAAGGAAACCCUAAACCAGAUCAUUGAAUGGACCGGCGCGUCGGUGACGACGCGCGGGCUGUACUGCCCGCCGGGCAAGGCAUUAGCGGCCGGGGAGAAGAAGCUGUAUUUGUCGAUCGAGGGGCCAACGGAGGCGAGUGUGAAGAAGGCCAAGGUGGAGAUCAAGAGGAUUAUCGAGGAGGCGAGUGCUGCUGAUGCAUCCCACCAGCAGCGCCCCGUGCAGCCGGGGCGGUACUCUGUCAUGUGA